ACAAUUAUUAUAUAUAUAUCAUACACUUAAUUUUUAAUUUGAACGGCAUUUAUGUUGUUUUUUGUAUUUUAUAAAAAUUGUGUAUAAUUAUCGUUUUACAAAUGGCUGAUACUUCCAACCCAAAAUCUGAGAAUAAAUACAAUCCAAACCUAUCUCAUUCCUCAAAUGAUGAAGAUUCCUGUGAAUUAAAUUCUAAAAGACCCAGAACUGAGGAUUUUGAUAGAUUAAAAGAUACCAGAACGGAACUUCUGCACAAACAUUUCGGCUAUACCAACGACCAGAACCCUUUUGGGGACGAAGAACUCACCGAACCGUUUGUUUGGGAAAAGAACGAGAAGUUCCAAACGUUAGAAGAAGAUUUAAAAUCUAAAAGCCCUGACAAGGUUGUGAAAUCUAAAGUGGAUGAGUUGAAACAACUAAAACAGAGGCGACAACAAUAUGAAGAGGAAAAAUCCAGGCAUAAAGAGUCUAGAACUCCGAAUAACAAAAGCGAUGACGAAGCUUACAGGGAAUGGGAGGCAAAAGGUGUUGAAUUUGAUUUAAAGCAGACAGUGGCCAAACCACUAAUGCGUUAUAAACAAGGGAGGCCUAAACUGGUGGACAAACUGGUUCUUAUGGUAGACCCCGAAUUUACUGACAAAUUUGAAGAGACAUUUAACCCUCAUAAUUUAUUCAAAAAUCUCACAAACGAUGACUUAUCUGAAGCAAUACAGAUUUUAAAUGCUUAUAUUGAGCUUGAUAAGAUUCCCGCGUUUUCAGCGUUCUUCAAAAAUUUAAUAGUCAUUGCUAAGGAUCCGAAAGAAAAAAAUUACGAGAUGAGUGGAGUUUCACAAAUGGUGGCCGAGAAGAUUGAUGAAAUUUUUUCAAAAAAAUCAAUUCCAGAAUUGGAUGUUCUCGAGGAUCAAAUACAAACCCGGCUUGAACAAGGAGUUCUUGAUACUAAUUUUUGGGAGACAGCUCUCUCAAGGGUUCCGUAUCUUAAGGCCUAUAAAUAUGUCGAAUCAGUCCUAAAUCCAUCCCAUACUAAUUCAUCCUCCGAUCUCGACCACAAAGAUAAUAAGGAUGGAGGAAAGGAUGACAAAAAUACAAGAGAAAGAGCGAAAGAAAACGAAUCUAUCUCUAUAAAGGAUAGGGAAGAUUAUGAGAAGUUUGUACAAUAUACAAAGCUUGAGGAGGGAGAAGAGGUGUUCGAUGGUUUGGUGAAGUUACCAGAUGAAAAUACAGAUUUGAAGGCUCCGAUGUAUUACAACAGGAUUAAAAGAGGGGUUGAGUGGACUAAGUAUAACUUGGCACACUACGACCAGGAUAAUCCACCGCCGAAACGAAUCCAGGGAUAUAAGUUUAACAUAUUCUUUCCCCAACUUAAGGGGAAAGUACCCAAGUGGAAGCUUCAAAAGGAUGGAAAUAAGAAUGAAACUGUCCUAAUAAGGUUCAUAGGAGGUGAUCCGUACAGAGAUAUAGCAUUUAGAGUAAUGAACAGAGAAUGGAAUACUGACCCUCAGAAAGGCUUUAAGAAUUUUUUUGACAACGGAGUCCUGCACCUCUAUUUUGAUUUCAAAAAAAUCAAAUACAGAAGGUGA